UGUCGGAAGACAGGAUAGUGGGCGAUGGACCUUUGGUCUGACCCAGUAUGGCCGUUCUUGUGUUUAUGCAAUAAAGGACAUUUACAGUUUGAAGGUAUCUGCUGUUUAAUCUACUAUAUAUUUGAGGAACUGUUGCAAUAAGAAUUUGUUUCUGUAUCUACUACUCUUCUCCUGUCUGUGCACUGCAGUACUUUCCAGUAUAAUUAAGACAUGUACUUCUGGAAUGCUACACAUCUGAUUGCUCAAAUGACAUAAAUGUCAUAAAUGCUAAUUGGCAGUUACACACAGCUUUGUAGGGGAACUCAAUGAAAACUUCUUGCUGCAAGCUGAUACUCAGAAGAAUUUCUUAGGACAGUGAUUGUGACUUGACCAAUGCUUUAUGCAGAGACUUAGAAAAUUUCAGUCAGCUGUAGUGAUACAGAUCUUUUGGUGUAAGAGACCUAAAAAUCCCAGUCAGGACAAUUUAUAUCUAAUUAAAAACUGAAAGUAAAUGAAGUGCUAAUACAAACUUAUUUCUCUUUGAUUUACUGUUUGCAGUUUAUUGGUGGCACAGCUCCAUAACUGUCAUCAUCAACUGACUUAUGUGCAAAAGCUUCUUCUAAUAUUAUUAUAUACUGUUUUGGGGGAUAAAAUAAUGACAUGGUCUAGUAAUCUGAUUCUAGGACAGGGAGACAGGAACUCCUGAAUGCUAAUUCUGGCUCUAAUACCAAUUCCCAUUGUGCCUGUGAUUGAGCCACUUAGCCUCAUUGUGCCAUAAUUUUCCCACCUAUUUAUUAGAGAUAAUACAUACUAUGUAAAUACUGAUAGUAUGGGGAUUAUUUGUUGUGUGUGUUGUUUUGGACAGACUUCCUGCUAACUAAUGUCAGGAGACAGUGAUUGUACCCGAACAAGCCCAUCCGUGGGGUCUCCAUCGGAUAAUGAGUUCCUGCCAGAUCGGCCAAGGUAUGUGUGCUCACUGUCUCCUGACCUUAUUGCCAAGGCUCGUGAAGAGCUGCAGGAGAAACCUGAAUGGAGGCUUCGUGAUGUGCAAGCCCUCCGAGACAUGGUGUGUAAGGAUUACCCUACUCUGGGCACGUGUCUGGACGAUGCUUUCUUGCUAAGGUUCCUUAGAGCCAGGAAAUUUGAUUAUGACCGAGCGCUUCAGCUUCUGGUGAACUAUCACAGCUGCAGGAGGAGCUGGCCUGAGGUCUUCAAUAACUUGAAACCAUCUGCAAUUAAGGCUGUCCUAGCAUCUGGCUUUGUCACUGUGCUGCCUCACUUGGACACUGAGGGACGCCACGUUGUCUGCAUUCGUCCAGACAGAUGGACACCAAGUAAUUAUCCAAUUACUGAGAACAUUCGUGCCAUAUACUUAACGUUAGAAAAACUCAUUCAGUCUGAAGAGACCCAAGUGAAUGGAAUUGUAAUCCUUGCAGACUACAAAGGAGUCAGCUUAUCUAAAGCAUCUCAUUUUGGUCCUUUUGUAGCCAAAAAAGUGAUUGGAAUUCUUCAGGAUGGUUUUCCCAUUAGAAUCAAAGCUGUCAAUAUUAUAAAUGAGCCUCGCAUAUUCAAAGGAAUUUUUGCCAUCAUCAAGCCUUUUCUGAAGGAAAAGAUAGCAAACCGGUUUUUUCUUCAUGGCUCUGAUUUGAAUUCUCUUCAUCAAAACCUUCCACAAAGGAUCCUUCCUGAAGAAUAUGGUGGCACGUCAGGAAAACUGGACAUCGCUGCCUGGAAUGAGUUGCUGCUCGCCUCAGAAGAGGAUUUUCUGCAUGACUUCUCUCAGCUGGUUCUCCCAGGUGACAGCUCACCAUCUGAAGCUCUAGUGAGUGGGGAUGCUGAGGAGAAGCAGAGUGAAGAGCCUCUGCGAGGCAUGAAACCUCAACUCUACUACUGUUAUUAACAAAGCCGUUAAAGGAAGCUUCCUUGCCCAGUCAGUCUAGAUGCAAUCUCCUGUUCUGAAAGGAUUAAGAACAAAGUGGGGUUAUGAACUCUUCCUUACUCCUAAACUUCCAGUUCAUGAGUAGACUGCUGAGGCACUGUGGAACCAAAGCAAGUUAAAGUGGGUGAGAUGGGG